UAAUGUUCAAUCAGAUUGCAUUAUCCAUUAUGAUUAUAACAAUAAGUAUACUUCUACACAAGGUCAUUAUAUUAAAGAAGAAGAAGAAUAAUAAUCCUAAUAAUAUUCACACCAUCCUUGACCCUAGUGUUUGUCUUCACAGUGGUGUUACACUUUGUAUAUAUGCCCACAGUUAAUUACCUGAAAAGAUCACAUUGGUGAGAGGAACACCUUCAGAACUGCUAAUUUAUCACUUCUCUCUCUCUCUCUGCGUGUGUACACACGAUGGAAGAAUACAGCUCUUGGAUAGGAAUUACACAUGGGAAACUAAUCUCCCGUCACAGCUAACAACAACUACGACAUCAGUUAAAAUAACCAUCAGUUUAUUCAUUGCGUGUUACUAGGAAAAAUAAACAAUUAAUGUUAUGCAACCUUUUUGAUGGUGAAAAACUUACCAGGCUACGAAGCAUUCAUUAAUGAAAAUCUACUAAAUGUGGUAUUUUGAAAAGCGAUGUGCAUUUUCUCACGUGGACUUUUGAUUACAGUAAUACAGUUGAUCUAUGCACGUGUAAAACUAUACGCAUUACUUCACUCUAAUACCUUUUAUUAUUGCUACCUCAGAAAUUCACUUAAUCUACAAACUUUAAAAUCCAAGAAUCAGCAUGAUUUAUGCACCGACAUACUUCAGUGUAACGGAUAUACAAUGUAUCGACUCAGUGAACAAAACUAUAAAGUAAGACAACGUGUUUAUUCCCUUCCGACUGUUGCAAACAAAUGUAACCUUUCAGUAUUUCUCAGUGUAAAACCAUGGCAUAAAUAUCCAGUUUAUAUAAAAAAUGUAAUGCUUUUAAUGUGUGGAUUAUAUUUCUAUGUAUUUAUCAGAAGUCUUCAUUGUUAUUUUAAGUUUACAUCAGAUAGAAGUGAUCACUUGUCAAAGAACAGUCGUUAUAGCGUCGACAGAUCUCAGCGGUCACCUCUCCUAGGCCACAAUAGAAGGCAACAGUCCAAAGAAACAAUUAAUGACAUUCCACAGAGAUGUUUUUUACCUCUUGUUAAGCUAUCCCCAUUGUAUGCAGCAUUUAUUAACUGUGCUUAUAAAAAAAUUGACUGUUUCAGCAGUGAAUUCAACUGCGCAUGGAGUACAGUCACCUCGCUAUCACCAGCAGCCUAUUCAUCAUCAUCAUGCAGUCACCGAAUACUUCUUAUGAAAGUUGUUCAUUCUGUUCUAAAUAAAUUUAAAUGCAUAACAUUACUGCAUCCGUAUGAAACACUGAAGUCGAUGCUGGUACACACCGAACAUUGUAUUGUAACCUCUGAAGUAUUAAACAGCACACUAAUCAAUGGAAUUCGCAAAUUUUUUCGAUUAUACAAUUAUUGGAAAUGUUUGUACAAGAAGUAUUCAAGAUUUCGAACAAAACGAAGGAGGCGGAGGUGGCGGCGAAGAAGAAGAAGAAGAACCAAAUAUGAUCAAGUUUACCUGACUAAUUCCACUAACUGUAAUCAUCAAUGCUUCUCAAUUCUUUCACAAUUCUACUUAUUAUUUAUGAUUAUCAAUUCGGUUUUCUGUAUAUCUAAGUAUUCAAAACAGAACAAUCUUCCAUUGUUAGUCAAAGAUUUUGAUGAUUUGUCACUAAGUUUGAACAGUUCAUCGCACGAUAUUAUUCACAACACAUAUAAUUAUCAAGCACGUACUAUUUAUCACUUUAAGCCUCCAGACGAGAAACGACCGUGUCGAUAUCGUUUUCGUGAUGACGCGGAGACUAGCGCACUAUUGGCUGACUAUGUUAUUGUAGGUCAACCGGUUCAAACUUAUCGUAGAAGAUUUGGUCCAUUAUAUAAUGUUAGCCUGAUGGUAACUCAUAUUCUUAAAUCUGUACAGCACAGUAUUUUCCCAGUUCGUGAAAAUCAUUUAUUACGCGUUGGACAGUUUAGUAUUUUUCCUGAUCCCGGCCGGUGUUGGAUUAAUGUACACAGAAAUAAAAAGUAUAUAUUUUUCUUACAACAACCGGAUUGGUCAGGAUUUUGUAAAAUAAGCCAAUUACCACUUGAGUAUACUAAACAAGCCUAUCGAGCUGUAAAAGAAAUCAUGAGACUUGGAGCUGACCCACUUUACAUGGGUGCAUUACACCAUAAAGAUGUAUUACACGUCAAUGAAGGGAAUGAUUUACUACUAACGUGCAGUGUACUUGGUCGACCUACGCCGAUUAUUUCUUGGUUCGUUAACCAAACAGAAAUAAAAAAUCCAUGGAAAAUUAAAACUGGCCGCGGGAUUAUUCAAAAGUCGCGGUGUCUAUCAAAACUUCAACUGAGUAAUGUACAUACAAGUGAUAGUGCUAAUUACACUUGUGUAGCGGAAAAUUUAAACGGAGAUAUACACAAAUCAGUACAAGUGAUUGUGAGACCGAGAACUACCCUUCCACCGCCAACAACGACAACAACCAAUUCGUUCGUCACACCGGAGGUGACCACUGUCGUCCCAGUACACCCUUGUAUUGGUUAUUGUCAUCAAGGACAAUGUUACAUGAUAGAUGGGAAACCGUAUUGCAGUUGCAUUUCCCAAUAUCGUGGAGCGAGAUGCGACCUUUUUACUCCAGGAGAAGAAGACACACCCUUAGAACAGUUAACCCUUAAUGAACCAAAGUCUGAUCCAUGUGAAUCUGGCUGUGAAUCAAAUUUUGCUCGUGUUCUCUUAUUUUCAGCAAUCAGUGUUCUGCUUUUAUUGCUUUUGUUUUUCUUUAUAUGUUCAAUAUUUCAAAUAUGCUAUAAAAAACGACAAUCAUCAAAUAAAACAUGUCCACCUGUGGAAAAAUCAUCUGUCUGGGAACAAGAUGCUUCGGAAAACAAUGUUUCCAAGUCUAAUUAUCACGCAACUAAUUUACCAUUACCUAAAGUAAACAAUACUCAGCCGUCCAAAGUAUUCCUAAAUCCACUAUUUGACACAGAUUUAACUAGAGAACUGUCGACAAAAUCAAUGACAAUGGCACAAAUUAUGAUGACUGAUCCCUAUAUGCAUUACCACUACCAUCAUCAUCGACGUCGUCAUCAUCAUCAACACCACCACCAUCAUCAUCAUCAUCCGAAUGGACAAAAUCACUGCAAUACAGACUUAAAAUUUACUUAUAACAAUGACUAUUCACUUACCCAUGACCAAUCAUUAAGUCCGCUUUCACCAGAUUCAUCACUUUACAACAUAACUAGCGAUUAUUGUCCUAAAACUGAUGAAACUCCAGUGCUGCAUAAGAACUUAUCCGUACCAUCAAUAGUUGAAUUGCUCACUAAUAUUCCUGCACUCCAAAAUCAAACAUUAUAUGAUUCCUUUAUCACUACUCACUCAGGAAAACUGCCUCAGAAAAAAGUAACAUUAACACAAAUACCAUUCGAAUCAAUAAAGCGUCAAGAAGAUUCAGAAUUGAAUAAUCCUAAUCAAUUAACACCAGGCAAGCAUUCUACUUUUCCUGACAAAUUAACAAGUAGAUUAAAUAGUCGUCAGACUGCCUGUUCAAUCAGUGAUCCAACUGGUGCGAAUAAUUCACAUCCUUUAAAAUCAUCAAAUCAACACAGACCACCUGAUUUUGGAUAUUAUCAACAGAAUUAUGUUUCCUAUUCAAAUGUAGAUUCAAUUUACCUGAAUACUCCGACAACAGUAAGACCGGGCAAUGAUGAAUAUACAAUUGAUUGGAAGAACACUGAUAGUACUAUUAAUGUCAACUGUUUAGAUCAUUGUCAUUAUUCAGCACUUCUGAAUACACCACAUAAACUGGGUAAUUUAUUACACAACACUACAGUAUGCACUAAUCCCAUGAGUUAUUAUUCCUCCCAGACAUUACCGUUACCCGCUUUAACAAGAGGUCAGUGUGUGCAAAGUCAACAUGAGCAAAAAUAUUCGCAUGAACAAUCUCCUGUACAGUUACAGUUGGAUUCAAAUUCUUAUAUUUCUGAUAGAUCUUGUCAAAUUAAUCCAGAAAUUAUAACAUGAUAAAAAAGAAAAGUUAUUUUACGUGACAUUCUGGAUGAUAAUGGCAAAACCAGUUGAUUCGAAUUCUACAAAAAUAUCGUAUUUCUCUGCUCGUUAUGGUUGCUGUUUUUUUUAAAUAUAUAUAUACAUACCUACAUACGCACAUAAACCAAUGCUCAUUUUAAGUGUCAUAGUGCGGUCAACUAUGGUUACCAAAUUAUUUUAUUUUAGGAGAGAAAUAAAUCACUCAACUUCUUUUUAUGUCAUAACGUAUGCCACAUAUCAGAGAUAACUUGAUCAACCACUGGAGAGAACGCUGACAACUCAACUUCUUGUUUCACAUUACUUUAAACAACCUUUGAAAUGUUAAAAUUAGAGCACAGGAUAUAAACAAUUAACAGACUCUAUUUGGCCUUUAUGUUAACGACAACGAUGAUGAAGAAGAAGAAAAGGAAUGACAAAAAGGAUAUACUAUAAAGAUGCUUACUGAUUGUUUAUUUAUCGCGCAUACGUAUUCACUUUUUCAUUGUCAAAUCAACUUUUUUUUCUUACUGAUCUCAAUUUCCUGCUUACUACUACUACUAAUAAUAAUAAUAAUAAUUCAAACUGUAUGUGUUCCCUGUUCAGCGGUUACCAAUUUUCCUACUUUGCAAUAUUUUAAGUCAAGAUAACCUUUCCUACUUCUUAUCACCUCUUCUAACAAAUAUCAUAGUCCACUCGCUUCCAAAUAUCUCUUGACUACCUAAGAUAUCUGGAUGAGGUGAAUCACCUGCCUGACUGAAGUCAGGCUUCAUUAAAAUUUUCAGAGGAGCUAACGACAAGUGAUUCAGUGAUUUUUAAGUCAUUGGAACACUGGUUGGUGUUAAAGUGCACAGCAAUAGUAAGUAAAAAAGGGUGCAGAACUUCAAAAAUCAACCAUAAUUAUACAUUCCUUAUUACAAUGUUAUGCUGGUUAGAAGAGGAACUGCCGGCCUUUGAACAAUUUUAAUUCUUGUUUUCCACUUUUGCUUUUGUCCUUUUUUUCUGUCAUCCCCUACACACAGCCACUGAUCUUAUUUAUUUUUCCUCUUCUCUCUACGGAAAAGAAACAGUUUUGUAAUGAGAACGAUUAUGCACAUUAAUGAUUAUGACGAUGCAAAUGAUGUGAUUAUGCUUUUUGUACAGAUGGUAACAGUUUAAAAAGACAAAUGCAAAUACUGAACAUCAAGUGAACAUAUAUAUAUAUAUAUAUAUAUGUGAAAAGAAUUUAUUGAUAAGCUAACAUAAUUAUUUUUUCAAUUAAAAACCAUAUAUAUGCUUUGUUUUA